UCUAAGAGAAGGUGUUUAUCGUUAGUUAAAUAAUUUAUUUUUGAAAAAUAGGCAGUAAGUGUAACUUAAAGUAACAAUGCGCGUGUUAGAAUUUACAUUUACAAUUUUAACAAUCUGUGGUUGCUGGACACCGGAUUCUUGGACAUCUUCCUACAAACGUCUCCUGUAUCAUAUUUAUACAAUUUUCAUAUUUCUAUUAAUAAGUACGUUUACACUAUCGCAAUUUCUGGAUCUAAUCCUAAUCGUGGACAAUCCGGAUGACUUUACCGACAAUUUCUACAUGCUUCUUGCCAUGAUUAUUUCCUGUUUUAAAAUGUCUAGCUUGUUAGUAAAUCGCGACAAUAUUGCGAUGCUAACAGACGUUCUUAUGAAAAAACCGUGUAUACCAAUCGAACCAGAUGAGAUAGAAAUUCGACGAAAAUUCGAUAAACUUAUCGAAGUGAAUACGCUGCAUUAUGCGAUUCUAAUUGAAUUUUCAAGCUCAAGCUCGGUGAUACAAUCAUUGCUCACGGACUAUUGGAAAGGGAAGUUAACGUUUAGAGCCUGGUUACCAUUCGAUUAUUCCUCGACAAUACUAUUUCACUUUAUGUACUUUCAUCAAUUAAUAGGCCUACUUGUAGGGGCUCUUCUACAUGUUGCUUGCGACAGUUUGAUAUGUGGAUUAAUUUUACAUAUAUGCUGUCAAAUAGAAAUACUGAAUUAUCGUAUGCAAAGAGUCAUACGUAAUCCAAAAAUUCUUCGUGAUUACGUCAUCCAACAUAAUCUAAUGAUCAAGUUUGCCUUUAUGAUGAAUAAGAAAUUUAGAUUGACCAUUACCUUUCAGUUUAUAGUAAGUACAAUGGUAGUGUGCGUUACUUUAUAUCAACUGACCAAGACAAAUGCGAAUAUAAUUCAAUUAGGAUUGUACAUGUCAUCAAUGCUGACACAAAUCUUUUUGUAUUGUUGGUAUGGAAACGAAGUUAAACUAAAGAGUAUGCAAUUGACCAAUAACCUAUUUGAAAUAGAAUGGUUUAUGCUGAGAGAAGAUGUAAAGAAAGAUUUAUUGACAAUUACAAGAUGCGGUACAGUUCCCAUCGAAUUUACGAGCGCUUACAUUUUUCCCAUGAAUCUCGAUUCAUUUGUGGGUUUGCUCAAGAUGUCAUAUUCGACUUAUAAUAUACUUCAGCAAAUGCGAAAUGAAAAUGUCGAAGGUAAAUAGAAGAUUGUUAUUCAGUUAUUGUUAUAUCUUAUUGUUAUAUUGU